CACAAAUUUGAAAUUACAAACCCGAAAAAUCUCUCACGUCGACAGCCACCACUACAAACUCACGGGCGGUGGCGGCGGGGCCUAUGUCGAAAUUCAACGUGCCGCCGCCACCACCAUCAACAUUGCCGAGGCCGCUGUACAAGCAGCGGUCGUGGUCUCCCGAUGCGGAGCGAGACGAAGCGUGGCAGCGGCGGAAGGGGAAUUAUAAAAUGCAUUGUUGUCGACAACGCAGCAAGAGCGUUACAGACGACGAUUUACAAGAGUUGAAAGGGUCUAUCGAGUUUGGUUUCGGAUUUGAACCUGAUUCGCCGGUACUUGAUCCGAAAUUAUCGGAUACUUUACCCGCUUUAGGGUUUUAUUGUGCUGUGAAUAAACAGUAUAGUAAUAGAUUGUCGAGGUCCUCGUCGACAUCCUCCAUUUUUUCUGAUAGCGAUUCCUGUAGUUCUAGUACCAUUUUUGAUGCAGGUGAAGAUCCAGAAACGGUGAAGGUGAGAUUGAGGCAGUGGGCGCAGGUGGUUGCUUGUUCGGUAAGGCAAUCCGCAGGAGAUUGAGAAAACGGCGUCGUUUUUUUGUGUAAAAUACUUGAUUCAUUUUACUUAGUGUCAAAGUUUCUGGAUUGGUUAUGUGGUGAUGUUAAUGUAUUAUUGAUUUUGACAAGGCAGCUUCUACUGCAAAUUUUAUUAUAAUUUCUUCUCAGACCAUUAAUCGUUGCACUAA